CUCUCGCAGGAAGCUAUGCCCCAGACGUCCAUCAUCUGCUCCAGCGUACUUGGGCCCAGCUGUAGUGGACAGGUGCCGCCUGGCAUGGGGGAGCGAGGAGGUGGGGCCAGCGGCUCCGGGGACCUCAUCUUCCAGGAUGGCCGCCUCAUCUCCGGGUCCCUGGAGGCCUUGAUGGAGCACCUGGUCCCCACAGUGGACUAUUACCCUGAUAGAACAUACAUCUUCACGUUUCUCUUGAGCUCCCGGGUCUUCAUGCCCCCUCAUGACCUGCUGGCCCGUGUGGGGCAGAUCUACCUGGAGCAGAGGCAGCAGCUGGAGGCCGGGUCUGAGAAGGCCAUGCUGAAGUCCUUCUCAGCCAAGAUUGUGCAGCUGCUAAAGGAGUGGACAGAGGCCUUCCCCUGUGACUUCCAGGACGAGAAGGCCAUGGCUGAACUGAAGGCCAUCACUCACCGGAUCAUGCAGUGUGAUGAGGAGAACGGCACAGUGAAGAAGGCCGUUGCCCAGCUGACGCAGAGCCUGCUGCUGUCCCUGGCCGCCCGGAGCCAGCUGCAGGAGCUGCGGGAGAAGCUCCGUUCGCCGGCUGUGGAUAAAGGGCCCAUCCUCAAGGCCAAGCCCCCGGCCUCUCAGAAGGACAUCCUGGGCGUGUGCUGUGACCCCCUGGUGCUGGCCCAGCAGCUGACUCACAUUGAGCUGGAGCGGGUCAGCAGCAUUCACCCCCAGGACCUGAUGCAGAUCGUCAGCCACAUGGACUCUCGGGACAAGCACAGGUGCCGAGGGGACCUGACCAAGACCUACAGCCUGGAGGCCUACGACAACUGGUUCAACUGCCUCAGCAUGCUGGUGGCCACCGAGGUGUGCCGGGUGGUGAAGAAGAAGCAGCGGACCCGCAUGCUGGAGUUCUUCAUCGACGUGGCCCGGGAGUGCUUCAACAUCGGGAACUUCAACUCCAUGAUGGCCAUCAUCUCUGGCAUGAACCUCAGUCCUGUGGCUCGGCUGAAGAAAACAUGGUCCAAAGUUAAGACGGCCAAGUUCGAUGUCUUGGAGCACCACAUGGAUCCUUCCAGCAACUUCUGCAACUACCGCACGGCCCUCCAGGGGGCCACUCAGAGGUCCCAGAUGGCCAACAGCAGCCGAGAGAAGAUUGUGAUUCCUGUGUUCAACCUUUUCGUUAAGGACAUCUACUUCCUGCACAAGAUCCACACCAACCACCUGCCCAAUGGGCACAUUAACUUCAAGAAAUUUUGGGAGAUCUCCAGACAGAUCCACGAGUUCAUGACAUGGACACGGGUAGAGUGUCCCUUUGAAAAGGACAAGAAGAUUCAGAAUUACCUGCUCACGGCGCCCAUCUACAGCGAGGAAGCACUCUUCAUCGCCUCCUUCGAAAGCGAGGGGCCCGAGAACCACAUGGAGAAGGACAGCUGGAAGACCCUGAGGACCACUCUCCUCAACAGAGCCUGAGGCGUGGGUGCGGCCUGCGACCGAGGACGCGCAGGAGAACCGAGCUUUAACCUUGACCUGGGUGGAGAUGGGCGGCCUCACUGGU